AGAAGAUGAUGACAGAAAACAAACGUUUUUCAUGUCCUGCAAAAAAGGUGUAAUAAGUAGUUGGGCAGCAUAAAAAUGCAGGAGUUGUGGGAGAGUGAGAGAAAGUGAGAAAAAUGUGGAUGACAAGUGUGUCAAAGCUGCUGCUACUCUUAUCGCUCUUUCCUAACGAGGGAGAGCAGCCGGAGAAAUAUGCCGUUGUUUUCGACGCCGGAAGCACCGGCUCCAGAGUCCACGUCUUCCGAUUCGACCGCGACAUGUCUCUCCUCCAAAUCGGCCAUGACUACGAGCUUUUCGUGGCUAUUAAACCAGGUUUGAGUUCUUAUGAGAAAGACCCCAAAGCUGCUGCAGACUCAUUGAAGCCCCUCUUAGAGCAAGCGGAAGAAGUCAUUCCCCAGCAACUGCGUGCUACAACACCCCUUCGACUCGGGGCGACAGCCGGUCUUCGCCUACUACCGGGAACUGCUUCUCAAGACAUAUUGAAUGCGGUAAACGAGCUUUUCAAGAGCAAAUCGAGCCUCGGCUACAAGCCAGAAUGGGUGUCUGUUCUCGAUGGAUCAGAUGAAGGUGCUUAUAUGUGGGUUGCCCUUAACUAUUUAAGUGGUAAGUUAGGCAAAAAAUACUCGAAAACGGUAGCAGUGGUAGACCUUGGAGGUGGUUCAGUACAGAUGGCAUAUGCUGUCUCCGACAAAGCUGCUGCCAACGCCCCAGCAGCUUCAAAUGAUGUCUCCAAUAGAUUUGGUCUUGGAACUAAUUACAACCUUUAUUCUCACAGUUAUCUCAACUAUGGGUUGAUGGCUGCUCGUGCACAAAAUCUGAACCUUUCCGGUGCUGGAAAUCCAUGCAUCACUAAUGGCUAUCAAGGGACAUACUCCUACAACGGGGUUGAUUAUAAAGCAACACCUCCUCGUUCGGGCACAAACUUGUUGGGUUGUGUUGCGCAGGCACGAAAAGUGCUGAGGGUGGACGCGCCCUGCGCCAACAAGCCCUGCUCCUUUGGAGGCGUUUGGAACGGUGGAGGUGGAGACGGCUUUGACAACUUGUACGCUGCAUCAUACUAUUACGACACAGCUAUUGAGGCUGGAAUCGUGGAACCAAAUACUAAUAUAACACACAUUCGGCCAAAUGUAUACCUGAAAGCAGCAAAGAAAGCGUGCAGUGGCAGCGUGGACAAUAUCAAGACUAUAUUUCCUCACCUUAAAGAUGAUGAUGUGCCGUACCUAUGCAUGGAUCUUGUAUACGACUAUAUUUUGCUCGUUGAAGGUUUCGGCAUCAAACCAACAAAGAAAAUAACUCUUGUGAAGAAUUUGGAGUACAAGGAUUCGAGGAUCGAAGCAGCAUGGCCCCUUGGCUGCGCAGUUGAACUCCUUUCAUGACCUUUUUUUAAUUAUAAUUAAGCUUUGCUGUUUCUUUCAAUAAUGGGUUAGCCAUCCAAUCUUCCUCCUUGACUUUAUUUUCACAUUAUCAAUAAUUGUACUAUUAUUAUUAUUAUUAUUAUUAUUAUUAUUAUUAUUAUUAUUAUUAUUA